CUGUUAGCGUUUGGAAAAGUCACUGACUUGCCUCCAUUCAACAUUGUUCGUUCGUUAUCAGUAGAAACCAGGUAAUUUGUGAGGGUCUGAGUGUCUUCUUUCUACCUUUCUUUGUUUGUAAGAAUGUCCUCUGAAGAGACGAUUAGUGACGACAGAGUGAAGGGGAGGGUUGAGGAGAUAGAGGGUAGGGAUUUGGGGGUGCCGUCGAACAUUUUGGAGAGAGAGGAUGAAAGAGAGGCAUGUUUCAACCCUGAGGAAGAGAUUAUUAGUGAGGUGAUGGGGUAUGAAACUACUUUGGAGAAUAGGAGCAGUCUGGCCCACUUAGUUGAGAACUAUGGGGUGCCUGGGCGUGUGUUAGUGAGGUCGGCGGGGAAGAGAGAGAGGGCGUGCUCAGCUCCGGGGGACCAUUGGAUGCCCUUGUACUCCCAUUACCUGGCGACUGGGUUGCGGUUCCCUAUCCCAAAUCUAUUGGUGUGGUUGUUGCUAGAGUACGGUCUGGGAUUAACGCAACUCACCCCUAAUGCUGUGAGGUUAGCGGUGGCAUUUGCAGUGUAUAGCCGAAGUCGGGGGGUAGGGUUUCCCACCGCCAGUGUAUUCAAGUACUUUUAUGUCUUGAAUGCUGGGAGUGGUAAGGAGAAGGGGUGGUACUAUUUUACGGGUCGGGUGGUUAAUAAACAGAGGAAGGGUUUGUUUAGCGUUGGGCCAUCUUCCAUCAAAGGAUGGAAAGAUAAAUUCUUUUUUGUGGAUGACACGGAGUGGGAUAAGACUGAUGCUAAGGUGGAAAACUUGAGCAGCUGGAAGGCAAAAGGGUUAAACGUUAAUGACCAGAAGAUGUUAGACGCGGCUGAGAUAUAUGGGUUGACCUCACAGAGUGGAGAAGAGAUGAACAAGUUUUUGGAGGCAGCUGGUGGGGUUGGCAUCCCGAAGAAGGGACGAGGGAAGAGGGGCGAGGUCAGAAAACGGGUUGAGGAGGUUUCAUUGCCUCAGGCUGAAGUGGAAAACUUAGCCGUUUCUCAGCCCAGCAACGUUGGGGAUGAAGUGAUGGUUGCUGAGGAGGGGCCCAUUGUUGCGAAGAGGAAGAGGUUGGAACAACAAGAGGCCGUGGAGGAGGUACCAGAGCCUGUGACUUCAUCCCUCCGUAUAAAAGGGACCUCGUCAGCCUCGGCUGCUGAAUUUGCUGCUGCGCUCCAAGAGCAAGGGUACGUCCGACUGCAGACAACGAGUUUCUAUUACUCCGGGAUGAGGAGCACAGCAAAGAGGUUCAUCAAUGCUUAUUUCCCGGAGGUGGAUCGCCAGCGGGCGAAGGACGAGGUGGCUACCAGAGGUUCAGUUGGCGUUGCUGUGAACCUCGUGAAUGCUUUGGCCAAUGAGCAUCACGAGAGUUUAAAGGAGACGAAUCAGAUGAGGAAGGAUAAUGCCGAGCUCGUCAAGAAGAACGAGGAGGCCGAGGCCGAGGUGGCGAAGCUGAAGGCGAAGAUGGAGGAACUCCGAAAGGAGAACGCCACCCUAAAGAAGGACUUGGAGCUCUCGUACCAAAAAAGGAAGAUUUGCGAGGCUGAGCUCAAGAAGAGGGAAAAGGAGUUAGAGGAGGCGGGGAAGGUAGUGGCUGAGCUGGAACUCAAAGUUCACAACUCUGUUGAAGAGCAUGUGGAGGGGUUUCUGAAGUCCAGCCCCUUCGAGGAUAUCGUCAACCUCUACCAUCUCCCUACUGCAAUUGUGGCCUUCUCUGACUGCAGGAAGAAGGUGAAGUUGCAGUAUCCUGAUGUGGAUGUGACGAAGAUCACCUUUAGAGAUCAGGAAGGGGAGGUGGAGGAAAAUGGGGAGAGUAGCACUGCUGACUUCCGCCCGGAGGUUACGCUGAAGUGGGAUAGGAACAGCAGAGGUCAAACCAUUUUGCCUCCCAAGUUCAGUUUUGAGUUUGUGGCAGUGGGUGAGGAGGGGAUCAAAGGUGACGAGGUGACUAAAGGUGCUGAGGAGUCAACCAGAGGUGCUAACAAGCCAGAUCAGCCUGGUGGCAACCCAGAGCAGCCUACGGCCAACCCAGACCAGCCUGCUGACUAAACUUAGUUUUUUUUUUUUUUUACGAGAAAUUGUUUGUAAACGAUCAAAGUUUGGUGCAAUAAAUUCGAUUGGAUAAC